CAUUAAUAGUUUCGUCAUGACAACUAAAAUGAAUCAAAGAUGACAAAGGAGUGAGUUGAAUUGAGUUGAGUUCAGUAUAUAGUUAAUAGUAACAACAUACAUUACAAAUAAAACUAAUAUUUGGUUUAGGUGAGAAAUGGGCAUUAAUGCAAGAUUACUUGGUGAUGAAGACAAAGUGAAAAUGGCUAUAAUUACUUCACCUUCAUCAGCUACAACAACUGAUCAUAAUAAUUCUAAUAAUCAUGAUGGCAAGAAGCAUUUAUGGGGAGGAAUUGGUAUUGGCAUUUUGACAGUGUUUUUGGUUGCCUUCUUAUUCUACCUUUUCAGAAAAAAGAUAAUCCCAGCUCUUAAAAAACGCCAAUCACCUCUCUACAACAUCACAAAAGAAAUAGUGAAAGAAGAGAAGACAAUACUUAGGAAAUUUGAGUUUGAGGAAGUAGUGAAAGCAACCAAUAAUUUCAGUAGAGAAUGCUUGUUGGGUUCUGGUGCUUUUGGGAAUGUUUAUAAAGGAACUUUUGAUGUUCAAGCAACUCUGGCCAUUAAGAGGCCCCAUAAUCACUCAUGUCAGACUGUUGAAGAGUUUAGAAAUGAGGUGAGGCUACUUUCAAAAGUAAAACAUAGGAACUUAGUUGGUUUAGUUGGAUAUUGUGAAGAACCAGAACCAAAAGGGUCAAAGAUGUUGAUUUAUGAGUAUGUUCCCAAUGGUUCUCUACUCGAGUUCAUUACAGGAAAAUCAGGGAUUAGCUUAAGUUGGAAGCAGAGAGCAAAUAUAGCUAUUGGAGCAGCAAAAGGAAUUGCACAUUUGCAUGAAGGGACUAAGCCAAGUAUAAUCCAUAGAGACAUAAAGCCAAGCAAUAUCUUAGUAGGUGAUGAUUUUGAAGCAAAGGUUUCUGAUUUUGGACUAGUGAAAUCUGGGCCAACUGAUGACCAAUCACAUGUUAGCAGCCUAGUCAAAGGAACACCAGGAUACCUUGACCCUGCAUAUUGUUCAAGCUUUCACUUGUCUACAUUCAGUGAUGUCUUUAGCUUUGGUGUUAUCCUUUUGCAGCUUAUCUCUGCCCGUCCUGCAAUUGAAUCAACUAAAAUGCAUUCUAAUUAUCAUAUCAUAGAUUGGGCAAGGUCUAGCUUAGAAAGUGGAAAAGUUGAGGACAUUAUAGAUGUUAAUCUACUCUCAGAGCCUUGCAACAUGAAGAUGAUGCUAAUGAUGGGGAGACUUGGUCUGAGAUGUGUAGCACAUGUACCGAAACAACGGCCUACAAUGACUCAAGUUUGGCAAGAACUGGAAAAAGCUCUUUACAAGGCUGAAAACCCCAUGAAAAAACAGCUUUCUUUUUCUUGGAAUUCAAGAAAAUCCAUGGAUUAUGAGUACUCUCAUAGCAGCUUUGUGAGCAUAAAUGAGAUUGGAUUCCAAAGAUUUCAUGUAGAGAUGGAGAGUCUCUCCUUUCAGAGCACUGUCUUGAGGUGUUUGGAGGAUAAUAGUAUUAGUAUAGAUAUUGACAAGAACACUUUUGAAGGUAUAUAUGAGGAGCAAAAGUAAAGACAGUUGUUUGCUGAUCUAGUGGAGUUUGUGUCAGUCAUUUUUUCCAUGGAUUCUUUUCUGUGGGUGGAGAAGAAAAGGGUUUUGUCUGAUUGUGGUGGCACUUUGUCAAUUGAACAGGCCAAGAAAGAUACUUGAUUCUCAAGUACAGUGAGUAUAUUAUAUAAAUUCAGACAUUAUCAUAAGCUAAUUUGAACAAACAAUAUUUAUUUUAAAAUCAAGAAAAA